AUGGGCGCCCUGGACUCGGCAAACCACCUCUUCGGUCGAACUCUCAACCCGCUCAACCGCCAACUCACAGUCGGCGGCUCUUCUGGCGGCGAGGGCGCGCUCCUCGCUCUCCGCGGGAGCAUGAUCGGGUUCGGGACGGAUAUCGGGGGCUCGAUUCGCAUUCCAGCGAUGUGUAAUGGGCUCUACGGAUUUAAGCCAAGCCAGGGCCGUGUGCCCUAUGGCGGGCAGACGGAUGGCCAGCCCAAAGGUAAAGGGCGCAUGUCGAUCCAGGCUGUCGCUGGUCCGAUUGCGCGCUCCGUCGCGGAUAUCGACGCCGUCAUGACGUAUCUUGUCCCGCGGGCGCAGUGGUUCGGGGAGGAUUGUAUCCCCGGCGCGUGGCCAUCACCACUGUCUUCCUUCAACCAGCGAAAGCCGGUAACUAUCGGCGUCCUACAGUCUGAUGGCCUCGUGCAGCCCCUUCCACCGAUCACAAAAGUUCUCAACGAAGUUGCUGCAGCUCUCAGACGCACACCGGGCGUCAAUGUGAUCGAGAUCCCCGUCCCCGCUGCCCUAGCCAAGUGCCAAGCACUCGCUGGCCGCCUCAUGAGCGUCGACGGCGGCAUAACUAUGCUUGACCUACUCGAAAGCACCGGCGAAACACUCAUCCCCUGGCUCCAAGGCCGAACCAAGCGCGGUAAACCGUUACUCCUCUCACAACUCUCCGAACUCCAAGCGCAACGCGCCGAGAUUGAGCUCGAGCUCCGAAGGAAACUUUGGAUGCUGGAUAGCGGUAAUGAGCAAAAGGUUGACGCGAUUAUCCUCCCCGUCGCGCCGCAUCCGGUUCCGGAGCUCGAUCGGUAUAAUGCUGUCGGGUAUACAUCGAGUUUUGUCCUGUUGGAUUAUCCGGCUGGGGUGGUUCCUGUUCGGAAGUUUGGGGAGGCGGAUUUGGAGAGGGGGGUCGAGUUAGAGACGAAGACGCUUGGGAGUUGGGAUAAGAAGAAUCGGGAGCUUUGGAACGAGAAAACCGUUGAUCGGACGGUCUACCUAGACUCGCCACUUAGUGUUCAGGUUAUUACUCCUAGACAGCAUGACUAUGAGCUCUACCAGGCUAUGGAGCUCAUUGACAGGGUUAUCAAAACAGAUCGGUCAAAGCUGUAG